UGUCCUGAUUCAGCCCCAGUCUGAUCGUGUUUCCUGUCACUCUUGGCCAGAGGGGUGGGGCCUGGAGCCUUACCCAAUCAGGAGCUGAGGUGAAGACUGUCCAAUCAGGUACACAGCCAGAAAGGAAGAGACAGUUUCCGGCAUCCGGUGCGGCCUUUGUUUCUUGCGCCAGGCACGGAGAGGAGGUACCCUCUCCAUCGUUCCACCUCCAGGACGGUCCAGGUGUCUCUGCCACAGUUGCAGUCGCCCUGUGACCAGGGCGACUGGGAUAUCCAUAGAGAGGACCCUGGGACACCCCAGAUGCUGGGAAAUGGUUUCAUGGUAGCAAAAAAGGGGGUUUUUCUGAUGCCUUAAAAUGCAUAUUCUCAAGAUGCACCUGUGAUUUGUCCAGAUACUCUCACCUGGAAAGGAAUCCUAGAGAAGCAGGACGAGGAAGAAAUGGCUGGUUCUCAGGGCCUGUUGACAUUCAGGGAUGUGGCCAUAGAAUUCUCUCUGGAGGAGUGGGCAUGCCUGGAUCCUGCUCAACGGAAUUUGUAUAGGGAUGUGAUGUUAGAGAACUACAGUAACCUGGUCUCCCUGGGUUUUGCUGCCUCUAAGCCGGAUCUUAUCAUUUGUCUGGAGCAAAGGCAAGAGCCCUGGAAUGUAAACAGACAUGAGAAAGUAGCCAAACACCCAGAUUUAUUUUCUUAUUACAUGCAAGGCUUGUGGACAAAACAGUGCAUAGAAACUCCAAUCCAAAAAGUGAUAUUGGGGGUAUGUGGAAAUUGUGGCCUUGAAAAUUUACCCUUGAAGGAAAAAUGGGAAAGUGAGGGUGAGUGUGAAGACCAAAACAGUUGUUAUUAUGGACAUAACAAAUAUAAGACAACUACUGAUAGUAAAAACACUACUGAUACAAGAGGUCAAAAUCUUAAAACAUUUUGGAAAAAAUCUUCCUUCAUGCCAGUUACUUUUGCUAAACCAAAUAUUGUCAUAAGUAAAUAUCAAUUUUUGGAACAUAUCUUUUUUCUGAAAAGAAAUUUGGAAAAUCUAAAUACUGACCUAGUCCAUGUUCGAAAUAAUGAUUUGUACCAAUUAAAAUAUCAAUUUGGAUUUAAUGUACGGUCAAAUAUCUCUGAAAAUCAGAGAUUUGAAAAUGAAGGGAAGAUUUGUAAAUAUCAAAUUUAUGAGUACUUUGUUAAAAGUUUAUUAUUCUUCCACCAAAGAAUAAUACCUUCCUGUGCCAAAAUCUACAAUUUCAUUCAAUACAAGAAAGUCUUUACCCAUUUAUUAUUGCUUAAUCAAUAUCAGGGUAUAGAUCUUUGGAGAAGACAUCACACCUAUAAUAAAACUUUGAUGUCAUUUAGCCACAGCUCUAUCCUAAAGGAUUGCCAGGAUAUUUAUAUUGGAGACAGAAAUUAUCAGUGCCAGAAAUCUGAAAAACCCUUUAACCAAGGUUUUAGCCCUAGAAAACAUCAGAAUACUCAUUUUUCAGGGGACCAUUACAAAUGUAAAAAAUGUAAGAAAGUCUUUCAUCAACACUCAAAUCUUUUAUUCCAUUGUAGUAUCUGUACUCAAAAGAGGUCUUCCAAAUCUAAUAAAUGUCUAGAGACUUUUACUCAGUUAUCAAAUCAUAUUCACCAGCAAGGAAUCUAUUCUGGAAUAAAUUCAUACAAAUAUAAUAAAUGUGAGAAAGUCUAUAGUCAGUCAUCAAAUGUAAAACAAUACAAGAUAAUUCAUACUGAAAAGAAACUCUACAAAUUUAAUGAAUACAGCAAAGUGUGCAGCCAUAUUUUACACCUUAUUCAACAUCAGAGUAUUCAUAAUGAAGAGAAACUGUACAAAUAUUAUGAAUGUGACAAAGCCUUUAAUAAUAGCUCACACCUUGCUGAGCGCCAGAGAAUUCAUACUGGAGAAAAAUUUCACAAAUGUAAAUCAUGCAGUCAAUCUUUUACAUAUUCAAGUCUUAUUAAGUGUCAAAGAAUUCACACUGGACAAAAACUCUACAAAUGUAAUGAAUGUGGCAAAGCCUUUAAGUGUAGUUCACACUUUACUCAACAUGAGAGAAUUCAUACUGGAAGCAAACCCUACAAUUGUAAAGAAUGUGGCAAAGCCUUUAGUUAUAGAUCAAGUCUUACUGAACAUCAGAGAAUCCACACUGGAGAGAAACCCUACAAAUGUAAUGAAUGUGGCAAAGCCUUUAAACGUAGCUCACACCUAACUCAACAUUGGAGAAUUCAUACUGGAAGCAAAUCCUACAAUUGUAAAGAAUGUGGCAAAGCCUUUAAUUAUAGAUCAAGUCUUACUGAACAUCAGAGAAUCCACACUGGAGAGAAACCCUACAAAUGCAAAGAAUGUGGAAAAGCCUUUAAACGUAGCUCACAUCUAACUGAACAUCAGAAAAGCCACAGUGGAGAAAAAUUUCACAAAUGUAAUGUAUGCAGUAAAUCUUUUACUUAUUCUUCAAGUCUUAUUAGGCAUCAAAGAAUUCAUUCUAGAGGGAAGUCCUAUAAAUGUAAGGAAUGUGGCAAAGCCUUUAAUUAUAUUUCAAAUCUUACUGAACAUCAGAGAAUCCACACUGGAGAAAAACUCUACAAAUGUAAAGAAUGUUGCAAAGCCAUUAAAUGUUGCUCACAUCCAACUGAACUUGAGAGAGGUCAUACUGGAAAAAAUUUUCACAAAUGUAACGUGUGCAGUAAAUCUUUUACUUAUUCUUCAAGUUUUAGUAGGCAUCAAAGAAUUCAUAUCAGAGGGAAAACCUACAAAUGUAAAGAAUGCGACAAAGCCUUUAAUCGUCACUCAUAUCUAACUGAACAUCAGGGAGGUCAUAUUGGAGAAAAAUUUCACAAAUGUAAUACGUGCAGUAAAUCUUUUACUUAUUCUUCAAGUUUUAGUAGGCAUCAAAGAAUUCAUAUCAGGGAAACCCUACAAAUGUAAAGAAUGUGGCAAAGACUUUAACCGUAGUUCAUAUCUUACUCAACAUCAGAAUAUCCAUAUUGGAAAGAAACCCUAUAGUUACAAAGAAUGUGGCAAAGGUGUUCAGUGAAGUUCACAUCUCACUAAGCAACAGAGAAUUCAUACUGGAGACAAAUUUCAGAAAUGUAAAAUCUUGCAGUAAAUGUUUUAUUCUUCCUUCAACUCUUACUCAGCAUCAAAGAAUUCACACUGGAGGAAAACCAUAAAAACGUAAUGAAUGUGGCAAAGCUUUUGCUCAUUCUUAUGGUCUUAUUGUGGACCAGAGAAUUCAUACUAGAGUAAGUACCUAUAUAUGUAAAGAAUGUGGCCUGUCCUUUAACCAGUCUUCAAACCUUAGACAAUGUGAAGGAAUUCAUUCUGGAGAGUAAAAUCUACAAAUGUAAAGAAUGUGGCAAAGCUUUUUUAUCAUAAUUUAAAUCUUACUUGACAUCAGAGCAUUUAUAGUGGAUACACUCUACACAUGUAAUGAGUAAGGAAAGCAUUUUAUUUGAAAUAUACAAUUUACAGGUUACAAGGAAGAUCAUAGAGAAGGAAACUUUACAUAUGCAAUAAAUGAGGGAACUAUUUAAAACUCAUCCAAUUCUAUCAGAGACUAACAGAAGAACUGAAGCAAAAGUUUACACCAAACCAGAGUACUUAUAGAGAAUAAUCCUAAGUCAGAGCAAUUACAAAAUUGAUCCAUGUGUUUCAAAAGAGUAAGCACAUUAUCAUUUGAAGACGUGUAAUUACAGUUGACAUUUUAUUGUAUUGACAGUAUUUGAGGUGUUUGAAAGGGAUGUUUUAUUGAUGUAAUUGAACUCUCAAAUCAGUUGAUGCUGUGCCUUAAUGUCUAGUGUUUAUAUGAAAAUAUGUGGUAUGUUGUUUCAGCAUCAGAAUUAUUAGAAACUAUUCUAUAUUAGAUGGAUAUAAAUUAUCCCCUUAAGUAGAAAAAACUAGCCAGUUAGUUAAAAUACUGAGGUAUCUUUAUAGUAAAGUAGGAUCUUUGAAUUUAUAUGUAUUGAGAUAUGUAUAUGUAUGUUUUUAUGGGUGGGAAUAUAAGUUUAUAAUUUACACAGUUGUAUUCCCUUUAUUGUAACCCAUCAAGCCUCACAUGAAUUGAAUAUUUGUGUGUGCCUUUUUCUAUUUGUGUUAUAUAUCAAUAAAAAUUGAAAUAUUACAUAUUUGUACAAAAACUGUUACUCAGUAUCUCCAGAUAAUAGCAGUGUUUUAUUGUUUUUUCAGAAGUGAAACAUGAUCACUCAUGGUAUUAUUAGAAAAUUCUAUGUAUUAAUGCCCUAACCUUUGGGUGACCUCUUAGGCCUUUCUAUUUUUGCCUUAAUUUGAUAAAUCAUGUGGUUUUAAUUGUGUGUGUGUGUGCUUUAAUUUUUCCCCAGCUAAUUUUUUUUUCUCACAAUAGUGCUUUCCAAGGUCAGAGCAUCUAGCACAGAUAGCUGGGCAUAGUAUAC